GUAAACCUGGUUCCUCUAAGCCAGCUGUUUCUUCUUUCUCCUAACAGCAUCACAAAACUUGGGGACUGGAUGGAACUGGAGACUCCAUCUUGCCAAUCCCCUUACUUAGUGGGAAGGCUGAAUGACUUGUCCUACUGCUCUUGGCCAAGCCAGAGGAGAGACUUUUAAAAUAUAUAUCAAGUGUAAGAGCUAGAGCGCUUAGUCACUCAGUCGUGUCAGACUCUCUGCGACUCCACGGACUGCAGCAUGCCAGGCUCCUCUGUCCAUGGGAUUUUCCAGGCAAGAAUACGGCAGUGGGUUGUCACUUCCUACUCCAGGGAUCCCUCACAUCCUUGUUGGAAGCAAGGGCUUGUCUGUGAACCAUGUCCACAAGGCUGUUUUGUGUGCAGGAACGGCCAGCCCCAGCCUCGUUCUGGACCACAGGAGGGGCCUCCCACGAGGCGCAGGGGUGGCGGCGCCUCUGACGGCAGAAGCAGGAGGCCCCCCCAGGGCACCCGGCUUGGACAUCUCGACCCCGCAGCCGAACCCCCAGUCCAGGGAGUGUUCUGAGAGCCUGUUUUCACUCAGAAAAACAGAAAUGUAAUGGAAUUUUUAAACUGUCUAGAAGACAAUUUUAAACUAAGAAAACGGAACUGACUCUGCUUGGCCGAGGCCAAAGUACACAGAAGUUGGUGUGAAGUCACUUCCACGGUGGGAACUCAGUGAGACACGCUUGGUGGCUUCCCGGAGGAGGUGAGGAGGGAUUCUCCAUCAUCUGCGUCCUUGUGGAGAAUCACUGUAUGUGGGGGCGGGGUGCAGUCCCUCGCCAUGAAGUGCUCAGAGUGGAUAAGGAUUAUUUCUGAGAAAUGCAGGGUUAGGUGGGAAGGUGGGCUCGCCCUGGGCAAAGCGUGGGAAGGGGUUCUGGGAGCCCCCAUGCUCCUCCUCUCUUGGCCCCCUCCUCCUGCCCCGCCGCCCCCCACCCCAUCCCCUCCCCAGUAGGGACCUGUCCGGCCCGGACCUGGUCUGCCUGUCCUCUCAUCCUCCCCCCAGGCCUUUCCCAGCACUUCUGGACUGCUGACACAGCUCUCUGCUUAAGUGGUAGGUGUGUGGGAGUGCUGGACACCACUGCGGGCAUAACAGGGGCCUCUGCAGGGACACUUAGACCUGAAGAGGGUGAGGCCGUGGAGCAGAUGUUCAGAAGACAGAGAGGGGUCUUCAGCAGCGUCCCUCCCCACUUGCCUACUGACUCAGAAGAGUGGUGUGCUAGAUCUCAGUGCUCGGUUCAGACCCAAACAACGGGACCUUUGCCACUUCACCUAAGCAGUACUCAAGACUCAGGCCUGAAAGCAGCAGCGGCGGCAGCAGGUCUGUGGAAAGCCUGCCAUCUGACCUGCUCGCACGUCCCUCCUCGCGUCCCAUCUGGUGUCUGGUGCGCACAAAGGCCCCCGGCCGCCCCGCCCAGGCCUUUCUGCAGCCGCCACCGGCCGUCCGGUCCCCUGGGCCCGCCCCGCGCGAGGGUCUGGUCCCCGGCCCCGCGGCCCGCAGUCCAGCAGGUGAUGUCAGCGGGUGUCCGAACUCUGGGACCCACCAGGCGCCGGCACUCAGGAUUCGCACGUGCGCGCGCCCCUGACUCAGCAGUUUCCAGCGGCCUGGACUGCAAUUCACAAGGAAGGACCCGGGCCCGGCUGCUAAGGAGCCGCAGCACCACCUUUCUGCACAACAGCAGAGAACUGAAAACUACUCCAGAUUACCUCGAUCAUGGAAAUAGCCACACUAUUAAAAAAAAAAACAACACACAACUGUGUAGCUACUGAAGACAAUGCUGGAGACCUGUGUCUUUUGGCAUCAAAGGCUAUCCACAAAAACAUUCUUAAAUAUAAAUAGCAGGUUUCCAAGUAAUAUAUAAUGUGAUUCUACUUUGCUAUAUAAAAUAUUUAUACAUACAUUUAUAUACAUGUACAUAGAAAAAGUGUGUAUACCAAGAUGUUAACUCAUUAUCUCUGGAUACUGAGUUUAUGGCUGA